AUGAAAUCAAUCAAGUGUGUCGUGAUAGGCGAUGGCGCAGUAGGUAAAACAUCCUUACUCAUCUCAUAUACUACAGGUACUUUCCCGCGAGAUUACGUCCCGACAGUUUUCGACAAUUAUACAACGACGAUAUCAUUAUCAAAUUCAUCAUUAUCAAAUUCAACACCGUCUUUGAAAUCACAUCCGCAUUCUUUGGAAUCUUUACAGCUAUUCAAGUUGAAUCUUUGGGAUACGGCAGGUCAAGAAGAAUAUGAUCGUUUAAGACCUCUUUCUUAUCCACAAACCGAUAUCUUUUUAAUCUGUUUCUCCGUAGCUGAAUCAAAUAGUUUUAAAAAUGUCACUGAAAAAUGGUUACCUGAAUUGAAAACAAAUUCAAAUAUUGAAAAUUCAGAAAUCUUCAAAAAAUCAGGUAAAUAUCCAAUUCUUUUAGUUGGUACUAAGUCUGAUUUAAGGGAUGACACAGUUGAACAGAAAAAAUUGCAUUUAAAUGAUUCAGAUUUCGUUUCGCAACAAGUUAUCGAUAAAUUUGUCAAAGAUAAUCUUUUCAUGGGUUAUGUAGAAACUUCUGCAGCUACUCAAACCGGUGUACGUGAAGUUUUCGAAACCGCUGUUCGUUUUGUGGCUUCCGAUAUGGAAAAACCAUCUACUAAGAAUGUGCAAGAUUAUAUUAACGAUAAAAAAUCAUCACCAACAUCCAAUAUAAACAAUAAUAGUGUAAUGACUAGUAAACCAUCAUCAUCAGCACCACAAGUUAAUAAAUCAAAUCAAAAGACAAGUGCUGCAAAAGCAACUACAUCUAAUAAAAAACCUAGCAAAUUUACUACUAACACAAUUGCUGUUACAGAUAAAAGUAGUAAAAAAUCAAAAAAGAAAUCUAAAUGUGUUAUAUUCUAG